AUGCUGGCGUGUCUGCCGGUAACAGACCCCUCCUAUCAGCUUCUCUCCCACACGCAGAUGAACACUGGACUUCAGAAAUGGGACACUACACAGAAGAUGAGAUCUGCACAUUAUCCAACCCCAGCAGAAUUGGAUGCCUAUGCUAAGAAAGUUGCCAAUAACCCACUGACUAUAAAAAUCUUUCCAAAUAGUGUGAAAGUACCUCAGAGGAAGCAUAUCCGCCGCACGGUCAACGGACUUGACACCUCAAGUCAACGCUACAGUCCCUACCCGUCUCAGGUCAGUACCAGGACAGGCCUUCUGGCCAUAGUCAAAGUGCCCGUCAAAGGGAUCCUCAAGGACUUGGACGGCAGCCGAAGCCGUUUCCUCCCUAAGAUCAUCAUGAACCCACACGGCGGUCCGUACGUCACUCCGAGCACUUUAAGCCUUUCUCAGACUGUUCCUCACAUACAGGCUCUCUCUCAGCCCCAGCCUAUGGCACAGAAUAGCCUGUCACACCCUCCGCAGAACCUGCCCCACCCCCAAGCCAUGCAACAGCAGAAGAGCCUCUCUCAUCCACCUAGUUUACAGCAGCAAAGCUUGAGCCGUCAACAGACUUUACAGCAGAGCCUUGCCCACCAACAACAGACUGUGCCACAUCAAAACCUAAACCACCAACAGACUCUAAUGCAGCAACAGCAACAACAGCAGAGACAGGCGGGGCCCCAGGGGCUUAGGCAUAUUCCUGAUCUAGCUCCCCCAGGCAGUCUGCAGCACACACAAGGUUUCCCUCAUAACCAACCCAUCACUCAGGCCCCUGGAGCAGGCCCCCCAGCCCCCAACAUGAUGCUGCAGCAGCAACCCUUGCCAGGCAUGCAAGUUCCACGGAAGCUGCCAGAUGCCGACGCCCCUCCCAACGUGACUGUGUCUACCUCAACCAUCCCGCUCUCCAUGGCUGCCAGCCUACACCAGACCCGCCCCGGCGACUUGAGCAGCAUCGUUCACCAGAUCAAUCAAUUCUGCCAGGCGCGUGCUGGCAUGGGGACUACCUCUGUGUGCGAAGGACAGAUUGCCAACCCCAGUCCCAUCAGCCGCAAUCUGCUAAUCAACGCCAGUUCCCGGGUGUGUACUCAGAACCUGGCUGCAAACCCCCUGCCCUCCUGUAGUGUCAGCUCUUCUGAUAAACCUGGCCCACCCCCUGCCAAUGCUCUUCCACUGCCCAACAUGGCUGCUGCUAAUAGGAUGCCCAUCUACCAUAAUGACAUGAAACAGCAGCAGCAGCCCCAGGCAUCGUUACCACAGCAACCGCAACAGCGCUCUUGGAACCAACACCAGCUGGCUCAUCUGCAACAGCAGCUCCCCGAGGGGGCUCACCCUGGUAAGAACCUAUCCAGGGAGACCACGGGUGGGCCCGGGUUCCCCAUUAAGGGUAUGAGCUAUCCACCGCAGGAGGUGUGCAUGGGCCAGCCCUUCAACCUGAAACCUCCCACUGACAAGCCCACGCCUUCGCCCCCCGUCAACGGGAUGCCGGGAGCGAUGAGCUACAGCAACGGCCACUACAUCCAACCACCCUGGAACAACAUUUUGCCAACGCCAAACAGCGACAGCUCAGGGUCUCAGGACCUGGCUAUGCCAUUCCCCGGGGGUCUCUCAGGGACCUCCAUAGACUGCACAACGGGAGUACAGUACAGAACUGCGUCCGCCGCCACCGGUCAGACCAACCUGAUGCAAACCAUGGAUUACAUGGGCGGGGAAUUCCAAGCUCCCUGUCUCCGAGAGCAGAACCCGGGCAUGAUGGUAAAGAUGCACAGACCCCCGGCGAGCAGGGCCCAAGAUUCAGGUGACGCUAGACAUAUUCACAUUCACCAUCCAGGGUACAGAUGAGCUUCGUCCUGCUUCGUCAGUGCGCGUCAGUGUUAG